AUGUCUCUACCGAAGCCUGAAACCACCACCACCCCUUUUCCAUCAAUUGAAAAAUGUGAUAUCUCCGCCGUGAGCCGCCACCACUCCAUAGCGGCGGACCUCGAUGGCACCCUCUUAAUCUCCCGCUCCUCCUUCCCCUACUUCAUGCUCAUCGCCAUCGAAGCCGGUAGCCUCCUUCGAGGUCUAAUCCUCCUCCUCGCUUUCCCUCUGAUUGCCAUUGCCUACAUAUUCGUCUCUGAAUCCUUAGCCAUCCAAAUGCUCAUUUUCAUCGCCUUUUCGGGGCUCAAAGUACGCGAUAUCGAGCUCGUCUCGCGGGCCACGCUUCCAAGAUUCUAUGCAUCAGAUGUUAGACAAGAAAGUUUCGAGGUGUUUGAUAAGUGUAAGAGAAAAGUGAUCAUCACUGCUAAUCCAACUAUAAUGGUGGAUCCAUUUGUUAAAGAUUUCUUGGGAGGUGAUAAAGUGAUUGGGACUGAAAUUGAAGUGAACCCUAAAACCAAGAAAGCUACAGGGUUUGUGAAGAAACCUGGGGUUCUUGUAGGAAAAUGGAAAAGAUUAUCUUUGUUGAAGGAAUUUGGGGAAGAAAAACCUGAUAUUGGGAUUGGAGAUAGAAAAUCCGAUCAUGAUUUUAUGUCCAUUUGUAAGGAGGGAUACAUGGUGCACCCCAGCAAAACAUCUAAACCGGUGCCGCUUGAUCGCUUUAAAAGCCGAUUAAUCUUCCAUGACGGUCGAUUAGUCCAACGUCCGACUCCACUCAAUGCACUCAUCACCUACAUUUGGUUGCCAUUCGGAUUUAUUCUCUCAUUGAUUCGAGUAUACUUCAAUCUUCCAUUGCCAGAAAGGAUUGUUCGUUACACGUAUCGUAUGCUCGGAAUCAACCUUGUGAUCAAGGGUAACCCGCCUCCACCACCCUCCACUGGGUCCCCAGGGAACCUCUACGUGUGCAACCACCGCACCGCCCUUGAUCCCAUCGUUAUUGCCAUUGCGCUUGGACGCAAAGUUUCCUGUGUGACUUACAGCGUUAGCAAGUUAUCACGCUUUCUGUCACCAAUCCCAGCUGUGGCCUUAACACGUGAUCGUGAGGCUGAUGCUGCCAGGAUCAAGGCAUUACUCCAGAAGGGCGAUUUAGUCGUUUGCCCCGAAGGGACAACGUGCCGGGAGCCUUAUUUGCUGAGAUUCAGCGCUUUGUUUGCAGAGUUGAGCGACAGGAUUGUACCCGUGGCAGUGAACAUUAAGCAAAACAUGUUCCAUGGCACGACAGUACGAGGUGUGAAAUUCUGGGACGCUUACUUCUACUUCAUGAACCCCCGGCCCACGUACGAGAUCACAUUCCUUGACCGGCUACCAGAGGCGAUGACAUGCAAGGCUGGUAAGUCGUCGAUUGAGGUUGCCAAUCAUGUGCAGAAGGUCUUGGGUGGUGCUCUUGGAUUUGAGUGCACUCAAUUGACUAGGAAGGAUAAGUACUUGCUGCUUGGUGGCAAUGAUGGGAAGGUGGAAUCCAUGUAUUCCAAGAAAUGA